GCUGGUUUCCCCGACCGGGAUCGAACCCACAACUGGUAUCGGAGCAUUUCACCGGAACUGUCGGCGGAGUAUUUCACCCGAACUUUAAACUCGGAGAGUUACGCCCGAAUGUAAAGUUACGCCUUUUUUUUCACACCUUCUGCAGAGAAGUUUUAAUAUUCAACAACAUGACAUACGAACAACGAUUCUGAUUGCGAAGACGGUCUGUUAGCCUUUUUUAAUUUUCAUUCCAGUUCAAGUUCGAAUUCACUAAACUACACAUCAUAAAAGUCUUGUGCUACAACACAAUUAAACAACAUGGAAACAAGCAUAGCUGAAUCGUUUAGGGAUAGGACCGUUUUUGUCACUGGAAGUACAGGGUUUUUGGGGAAAAUACUCACUGAAAAAUUACUCAGGUCUUGCUCAUUGAAAAACAUUGCACUGCUUGUUAGGAGUAAGAAAGGACUCAAUUCAAGUCAAAGGAUAACAGAUAUCUGCAAUCAAUCUAUGUUUGACCGCCUUCGAAUCGAAAAGCCAGACUUCAUGACUAAGAUAAAAACGAUUGAUGGCGAUUUAGAACAACCCUUACUAGGUUUAUCAUCAAAAGAUCGUGAUUGGUUGAUGGAAAAUGUGAAUUUUGUUUUUCACUGUGCUGCAACCAUCAAAUUUAAUGAACCUCUUCCAAUAGCAACGAGAAUAAACAUUCAAGGAACAGAAAAUCUAUUAGAACUUGCAACAAACAUGAAUAAUCUUAAGGGUUUUGUUCAUGUAUCAACCGCUUAUUCGCAUUGUCCAAGAAGUGAAAUCAACGAACAAUUCUAUCCCGUUUCAAUAUCAGCAAAAGAAUUAAAACAUUUAAUUAAACGAGAUGAAAACAUACACGACGUUUCAGUAGAUUGGCCUAAUACAUACACUUUCACUAAAGUACUAAUAGAAAAUGUAAUAUCAACAAAUGAAAAUCAAUUUCCAAUCUCAAUAUUUCGUCCUUCGAUUAUAGGGUGCACAAAAUCUGAACCAGAACCAGGUUGGUUGGAUAAUAAUAUGAAUGGAGUAUCUGGUGUGAUUGCUCCUUUAAUCGUCGGAUUUUUAAGAACAGUUCAACUGUCCAAGGAUAAAACAACUGAUAUUGUCCCAGUUGACUACGCUAGCAAUGCACUAAUUUGUGUUAUGUGGGAUACGGUAAAUAGAUAUCGAGAUGGUAACAAAAGGAAUAAGGUACCAAAAAUUUAUAAUUUCGUGUCUAGUGUUGAAAGCUCAAUAAAUUGGGACAAGUUCUUACAAUACACGUUUGAAACAUACCGCCAGGUGCCUCCGUUGGAAUCAAUUUGGUAUAUGUUUUGUAUAUUUUCUGCCAAUCGAUGGGUCGUUAGAAUUUCGAGAUUUAUUUUACAUCGAAUACCUGGCGCACUUGUCGAUCUGUCAUUCAUUAUUCGUGGGAAAAAUCCAAAAAUGCUGAAAAUGUACAAAAAAAUAGAGAAUAUGACUGAUUUACUUAAAGAGUUUACAACCAGAGAAUGGAAAUUCGACAACAGCAAUACUCGAGAAUUAUGGUCGUUACUAAGUCAAGAGGAUCGCAAGACAUUUUGGUUCGGAUUCGAAGAAUUCGAUUGGAAAUCAUAUAUGCAAUGUACGGUUCACGCUAUCAGGAAACACGUUUUGCACGAAGACUUAAGUAACAUGACUAGAGCAUUGUCAAAAAAUCGAAAGUUAUUUUGGCUGCAUCUGUUCUGCAUUUUCCUUCUUAUAUGCAGCGUAUUUCAAGUAUAUUUUAUGGUUAUGACAUAACCCGUACAGAUAUAUUAUUAUUAUUAUUUUUUAUUUUUAGAACU